UAGGCUUCGCACCAUUCUUAAAUAUUUCUUUUAUGACAAGUAUUGAAGAGAAGUAGUAUGAGAAUUUUUGUGUACUGCUAUAGCACUAUAAUUUUUUCUGAUUAAAACAGUAAUCCUAUGGGACAAACUCAUGUUCUAUGGUCUGUUCUCAUUUGCCUUCGGAUCACGCAUAUUUUCUAUAUGAAGUCUUCAAAUUCUGCACUUCAUUUUUAUCUUGGUCGCUGGACUCUCUAAUUUUUUCCCUGAAAAUAAAAAAAGAGUGAUAAGGACCUUGCAGUAUCCAGCAAAUUUAAUUAGUUUGUGUGUAUUCUCUCAGGGAGCAUCUGAAUCAUUACAUUUGCCAGUGGCUUUUAUAAGUGUAAUUUUGUUGCCAAUAGUUGGAAAUGCUGCUGAACAUGCAAGUGCAAUCAUGUUUGCCAUGAAGGAUAAGCUUAACAUCACCCUUGGAGUUGCUAUUGGAUCAUCAACACAAAUAUCCAUGUUUGUGAUCCCAUUUUGCGUCGUUGUUGGAUGGUGUAUGGGAAUACCAAUGGACUUGAACUUUAAACUCUUUGAGACUGCAACUCUGUUUAUAACUGUGCUAGUGGUGGCCUUUAUGUUGCAGGAGGGGACGUCAAAUUAUUUCAAAGGUCUAAUGCUUAUUCUAUGCUACCUCAUUGUGGCAGCCAGCUUCUUUGUACAUGUUGACCCUAGCAGUGAUGAUGAUUAACCCUGGAAGCAAGUUGGUCCUGGAACUUUACUGCAAGCUGAAGUUCUGCAUUGCAUUAAUCCUCAAACCACCACUGCUUCACUUCGUUGGAAGCUGCAGACAUCAGAUGGAGUUUGGUUUCGUUAGUUGAACUGUGCUAUAAUAUGACAGUUGAUCUUUUCUCCUCAUUGAUCAUCUUCUUCCUUAGCUUGUUUAUCAUAGGCUUCAGCUGUAAUCUAUAUUCACUAAUUGUAAUCUCUUCCUUUGAAUGCUCUUCUUUGUCGUCUUAGCUAUAAGAAGUGUUCAACCAAUCGAA